UGGUGACGUCGGUUACGGCUGCCAUCUUGAACAGUCUAUGGGGUUGGGCUGGAGGUACUGUGCUUCUCAAUCCGUGAUCAUCUGCCGUUCUGUGCGCGAUCUGAUUGUGUGAAUAUAUUGAAAGUGAACUGUGUAAACUAAAUAACAUGGCUGAGACCGAUAAGCUUAAUAUAGACAGCAUCAUCGCCAGAUUAUUAGAAGUGCGAGGUUCUCGGCCUGGAAAGAAUGUCCAGUUGACGGAAAAUGAAAUUCGUGGUCUCUGCUUAAAAUCCAGAGAAAUCUUUCUCUCACAGCCCAUCCUUUUGGAAUUGGAAGCGCCUCUCAAAAUUUGUGGUGACAUUCACGGACAGUAUUACGAUUUGUUGCGACUAUUUGAAUAUGGAGGCUUCCCACCAGAGUCCAACUACCUAUUCCUCGGAGACUACGUGGAUCGUGGUAAACAGUCCCUCGAGACCAUAUGCUUGCUACUGGCCUACAAAAUCAAGUACCCAGAGAACUUUUUCCUGCUCAGAGGGAACCACGAGUGCGCCUCCAUCAACAGAAUCUACGGCUUCUACGACGAGUGCAAGCGACGGUACAACAUCAAAUUGUGGAAGACGUUCACAGACUGCUUCAACUGUCUACCGGUGGCAGCCAUUGUUGAUGAGAAGAUCUUCUGUUGUCAUGGUGGGUUGAGCCCAGACCUGCAAAGCAUGGAACAGAUCCGUCGCAUAAUGAGGCCCACUGACGUUCCUGACCAGGGUCUACUCUGUGAUCUCUUGUGGUCUGACCCAGACAAGGACACUAUGGGUUGGGGUGAAAAUGAUCGAGGAGUUUCCUUCACAUUCGGAGCAGAAGUUGUCGCCAAAUUCCUUCACAAACAUGACUUCGACCUCAUUUGUCGUGCUCAUCAGGUUGUUGAAGAUGGGUAUGAGUUCUUUGCAAAGCGGCAGUUAGUGACCCUCUUCUCAGCACCAAACUAUUGCGGAGAGUUUGACAAUGCUGGUGCGAUGAUGUCCGUAGAUGAGACACUCAUGUGUUCCUUCCAGAUACUUAAGCCUGCAGACAAAAAGAAGUUCCCCUAUGGAGGUUUGAACACUGGAAGACCCGUAACGCCACCAAGAGGAGCUGCCAAUCAGAAAAACAAAAAGAAAUAGGGUGUAUGGUGUAUCAUAUUACUGUCUUGGGGCUGGCAAUUUUAUAUGUGGUCAGCCCUCGCUCAUCCUGUCAAUUAUAUUCUUUGUUGAGGAGAAUAUUAUUUCCAUUUACAAUUUAGACAGAUUUUUAAUAAGCAAUUCAGCUUUUGUAAGUAUGGGAUGGGGUUACCCUGGAUUAGCGAGGGUGCCAGCCUUUGCCUCCAAGGACAAAAUUAAUAGCAUUACGAAGUUCAGUUGCUAAAGUUCAUGAUAUAAUAUUGUAUUUAUAUUGGUACAAUAGCCCAAGUGUGUCGUGGAUGGAAGUGGCUUAGAGAACUAUUUUUAUUAUUUAUAUAUUUUUUUCCUAGAGGGUCAGCAUCAAACUUAUGAAAAUCUAGAUAGGUUUUAUCAUCUAUACUGGUCAUGUAAUCCUGCUGUUUUACCAUUUCAGAAUUGAGAAAAGCUUAAAAUUUUUACCCUGCAACUGUGAUUAUAUAGAAUUGGUUAAAUUUUGUUUGUAACGUGAAGAGAGUUUGACUUGCAUUAAUAUAUAUUUCCGUGUGUAAAUAGCCAUGGUAUUUAAUCGCAUAUAAGCAUUUACCAUUGUUCUUGUAUAAACUUGUAGGGCCCAAAGAUGACUCGAGUGAAAGCAGCCUCAAUAGUUAGCGGCUGCUCCUUAGGUUCAUGUACAAAUGUCCAGUUGCCGUAGUAGCAGGAGCAUGAGCAUCUGGCUUUUGCUGUCGCUUGUAUCAUCCAAAACAACCCGAGACCACUGCCAGUGGUAUGUCAGAGCCCAACCCCAUGGAUUAUCAUACAUCUGGCAGGUGCAAGUGUCGUGGGAUAUUCAAUUCAGAAGGCACGGGCAUUUCAGGGAAGUUUGUGUCGUGUGCAUCAAUUAUUAGUGGAUGUGACACUGUACAGAAAUUUCAAUGACUAUGAAAGCUUUCCUUUAUAAAUUGGUCUUGCAUUAUUUUAUAUAAAUUAUAGGCACUAACUUCCCAUCUCAUAAAUGCCUGUGACUUCUUGUUGAUGACAGUGCAAAUGACACAAAGGAUGCCAGCUGACCUACCACUGCAUGCAGUCUGCCGGAUCCUUGUUACUCCCAAAUGCUCUGGUGAACCAUGAGAGUUAAGGUGGAGAUUAGGUUUGAUCUAUAUCCAUUCUUCUCUCUCAGGAAUAUAUUAUUUUUUAUCUUGUAUGAUUUGUUGGAACUAGCAUUUGUGAUGAUAGUGGCAGUUUUCAGCUUUGUAUGAAUUGUAAAGUUAUAUUUAUGGACAAAAAAAACCCCAAGAUGUUAUUAAUACCCAAAGCUGAGAAUUGGCAAGUGUUCUGCUAGAACUACGUCAGCUGUUACUUUACUUUACAUUUUCCUAGAUUAAUAUUAUUCAUUUUUGUUUUGUAAUUAUUUCUUCUACAGACUAUCCUCUACUUGUAAAGUUCAUACUUCACUUAGUGUUGUGUUUACCGUUGGCAUUCAUCUCGGUACUUGCGGGUGAUGCUGGGAGCGGCAUCACUCAUUUCUGCACUUACCUACUUUACAGAGGUCAAAUUCCACUUCUCUAAUUAUUUGCAAUGACAAUUAUUAUAGAUUGGUCAACCCUGGUUUUACAACUUGGUCUUUAGCUCUUUACCACAAUUAUUUUCAGAUUGUGAAUCGUGAUUUUUAUUAAAAGAUAGGAGAGCUUGGCCACAUAAUUUGUAAGCUACAAUGAAAAAUCACUAGAUAAUAUAACCAAAUGAUGGUCCACAAACCAUAGGAAAAUAAAAAGUGAAAAACAA